UUCCUUUGUUUGUCAACAACAACGAGAAAUCUCCCAGACACGGCUCAGUCGGAAAAUAUGUCUUAAUAUUGAGAAUUCUUAUUUCGGGUGACAUAGCGACAAACCCCGGACCAAUAAAAUUUCCCUGUCUGGUUUGCAGUAAACAAACUCGAAAAAAUCAGAAAUUAGUGAUCUGCACACAAUGUAAUGUAAGAUGCCACAUUAAAUGUUAUACUGGCAGCCAAAUUUCUUCAUCAUCAUCCUGGCUAUGUCAAAAAUGCACAAUUUUACCAGAUAUCAUGUCAUAUAACACCACACGAAGAGCAUCAGAUGCUGAAACAAUAAGUAUGAAUUCGAUCGGGAUCGAGAUACCGGAAACGAUACAAAACAUAAACAAAUGUGAAUCCAACGAGGAAAACCAAAAUAGCUAUCAAGACAUCUGGCAGGAGCUUGUAAAAGUCAGGAGAACACAUCCUUCACAACUGAUCUGUGGUUAUCUUAAUAUCAACAGUCUCGCGGGAAAGUAUGAGCAGAUUCAAGACAUUUUACGGCGUAAUCUUGUUGAUAUGCUGUUCCUGGCAGAGACUAAACUUGAUGACUCCUAUCCUGAUGCCCAGUUUGCAGUUGACAACUACACCUUAUGGCGGGCCGAUCGAAAUAAGCAUGGUGGAGGGGUGCUAGCAUACCUAAGAACAGAUGUAGCUGGAGACCGAAAACCCACCCUUGAAUUUAAAGACAUAGAGUCAGUGGGCAUAGAGCCAAAGACAUUGGAAAUGCAGAUGAAAAGGUUGAUGAGGACCACCCAAGUAUCAAGGCAAUCAGAGAAAAUACUCAAGAUAUACAAAUACUGCAGAGGUCCCAAGACCAAGAACAACAAGGUAUGGGAUGAAAUCAUUUAGGUAUGAGGCAGCAAAGCUCUGGAACUCUCUACCCAAUGAAGCCAGGCAAUUCUCCUCAUAUAAUCAAUUUUCAAAUUACAUUUCAACUUGGUGCGGAGAACUAAAUUGUAAAUGCAGCUCCUGCAGACUUCAGACUUCUAUGCCUCAUACCUAAUUUUCAGUUUUAUAGAUGACCGUCUUAAGUUAUUAUUUAUUUAUUUAUUUAUUUUUACAGUAUUGUGCUUUCUUAACCAUUCCUCCUUGUUUGUGUGCAUGACUUUUGUUUUAAGUACUUGUUGUUCUCUUAUGUUGACUCUUUUAUUUUCUUUGUGUGUUGCUCAAAUGUUUUGUCUUUUAUUUCUUUCUUUUCUUUUUAUGUCUGUUUAUCAAUGUCUUUGGUUACACUUGUGUAUUUAAAUGAACUUCUGUCUUUGUGAAACUUUAAUGUGAUAUUUGUGCUCUUAUGUGUAUAUAUGUACAUUUUAUUAUAUAUAUGUUUUUUAUGUUUCUAGUCGGUAAAAGAGCUUUAUAGCUCAUGUUCUUUGUUAUGU